AUGCAGAGCGGCCCGUAUGAGGAAGCCGCCGUGGAGAUAAUAAUGGAAAUCGGUGCCUCCUUGGAAAAGAGCGGUAGGGCUGAGGAUGCAACUUUGCUGUACGAGAAGCUGUUCGAGGACGACAUAUCUAACAACAUUAGCUCCAUGCCGAGGCUAAUGACCGAAAUAACCCUUCGUCUCACUCGGCGGUACAAGCGGUACAAGCGGGACGAAACUGGAAGCAACCGCUCCGGGGCGGUCUUUUUCAGGAUCAUGGAUAACGCUCUCUCCAUCUCCGACGCCAAUGACAAAACAACUCGACUAAAGUUUGUUAUUCAAUUUCACAAGCCAUUACGGAAAGACAGGCUCGUCGGCGCCCGUGAGGACGUCCUCGAGACCUUGUGGAGCAGCCUAAAAUCCCAGGAGGUCUUGGCGACCAACCAGACGGCAAAGUUGGACAAUUUGUGCAUAGAAAUUUACAAGUUACAGCAUGGCCGAAAGGGGCUGGCAGCAACGGCCAUCGCGCACGCCGAGGACGUCCUUCGCUUUGCGCUCGAUGGCACAAGAUCAGUGCUGGGGCCGGAGCACGGUCUCGCGUUUGAGAUCCUGAGAGACCCGUUCAAUGUGCUGCAGUUCCAGGAUCGAGUGCAGCUCCAGGAUUGA